AGUUUUACGGCAUCAAUGUCAAAAUAAAAGCAUGUGAUUUUGUAUGUACAGUAUGAAUGAGCUACAACGUGCCUGUCAGACAGAUCAUCACCGGGGGCCGGAUUGGACCCCCUGGCCGGCUGCUUCCGUACAUUUGACACCCCUGGUUGAGAGGAUACUUUGUCUAUUAUCAGAGAUCUUAGAAAUUUCUCGUCGUUCAUCCUUUGUGUUGUCUGUCCCCUUGCACACUAUCACAUUAGAGAACUUUAGGGCAUAUCUGAAAGUGGCUUAAGUGAUGAACUUGCUGCCUCUCUCUCCACUCCAUUCUUGGCUAAAUUGUUCCUCUCCAGUAGUGCUGCACCACCUUAAACCUUUGAGUGCUCCCUCCCUCCCAUCUUCAUCACUUUGGCAAAGAGUUCUUUGUUGCUCAACCCGGUCAGCGUGUGCAAACAUGUCACAUCGUAAAUUCCAUGCACCACGCCACGGACACUUGGGUUUUCUCCCUCAUAAACGUAGCAAGAAGCACAGAGGCAGAGUCCGUUCGUGGCCUAAAGAUGACCCCGGCAAACCCGUGCACCUCACUGCUUUCCUGGGAUACAAGGCCGGCAUGACCCACACCCUCAGAGAGGUGCACCGCGUUGGUCUCAAGCAAUCAAAACGUGAAGAAGUGGAGGCAGUUACUGUAAUCGAGACCCCCCCGCUCAUGGUGGUUGGAGUUGUCGGCUACAUCCGUACCGUGCGGGGUCUGCGCGCUUUCAAGACCAUCUUUGCUGAGCAUAUCAGCGAUGAGUGCAAGCGGAGAUUCUACAAAAAUUGGCACAAGAGCAAGAAGAAAGCUUUCACUAAAUACAGUAAAAAGUGGCAAGAUGAAGCAGGAAAGAAAGCGCUGGACAAGGAUUUUACUCAGAUGAAAAAAUAUUGUUCAGUCAUUCGGGUUAUUGUUCACUCUCAGAUGCGAUUGCUACCCCUAAAACAGAAGAAGGCUCACAUUCUGGAGGUGCAGUUGAACGGGGGCAGCAUUUCGGAAAAGGUCGAUUGGGCGAAGGAGCGUUUGGAGCAAGCUGUGCCUGUGUCCUCUGUUUUCCACCAGGAUGAGUUGAUCGAUGUCAUCGGGGUUACAAAGGGUCACGGUUUUAAAGGUGUGACAAGCCGCUGGCACACAAAGAAGCUCCCCAGGAAGACCCAUAAGGGUCUGCGGAAGGUGGCGUGCAUUGGCGCGUGGCAUCCAAGUCGAGUGGCAUUCAGCAUUGCGCGGGCCGGUCAGAAAGGCUUCCACCACCGGACUGAAAUCAACAAGAAGAUCUACCGAAUUGGUAAAGGCGUUCACAUCCAGGAUGGAAAGGUGAUCCGGAACAAUGCCUCCACCAAUUAUGACAUCAGCCAGAAGACUAUUACCCCCAUGGGAGGCUUCCCACACUACGGUGAGGUUAAUAAUGAUUUCGUCAUGGUGAAAGGCUGUGUCGUUGGCGCCAAAAAGCGUGUCCUCACGCUCCGAAAGUCUUUGCUGGUGCACUCAUCUCGCAAAUCGUUGGAAGCCAUCGAGCUCAAGUUCAUCGACACCACGUCCAAAUUUGGGCACGGUCGCUUCCAGACCGCGCAGGAGAAGAGAGCUUUCAUGGGCCCACAAAAAAAGGAUGCCUUUAAGACCAUGCCGGAACCUCAAACAGAAGAGGUAUAAAACAUCGGCGGAUUUUCCAAGAAGUAGCAAAGUUUUCCAGAAGGAAGGUGAAUUUGUCAAUUAAAAUAUACAAAUAAAGGUGUUGAACAAUUUUUAUUUUAUUUUUAUAGCA